CGGGUUGCUUUGGUUUCCUCGCGCUGUGUCCAUUUGAUUCCUUACCGCACGCGCCAAACGCGCACACUCCAGGUAAGCCAAUGGGCACGCGAAUCACCGCUAGUCGCCCCCACUGCCCCCAAGUCCCACUAAUGUCUCUCUCAGCGUGGACGCAACGUCACGUCCGCACUUGAACUUGAAUUCUUAUCCCAUUGUACGGAGGCAACCCCAGCCACACACACACACACACACGAAGGGGUCCUCCCAAAGCAACAAGACGGAAACACUGGACCUCCGCUGUUUGGAAUGAGAGAAAGAGGAGGUGUUUGGCUGUAACUGUCUGUUGUCUCCGUCUCCCCCCUCAACUCUUAGAGCGUACAGUUCCAUGCCAUUCCGUUCACCGUUGCCAAGACGCGCGCCGCGAGGACUGAAUGGGGCCAAAGCUCACAUCACGUAAAUUAGUAGCUAAUUUGUUAUAAUUAUUUAAGAACAUAUCAGAGGAGAAGAAGAGGUGACAGUUGAAUCGAAUUUUGACCCAUCGGUCGAAGAGUGGCAUGCACCGUAGGCUACCCCAGUUGUCAACGCGCUGCAGAAGAGGGCACCUCGUCGGGAAUUUAAAUGAUCGUUAUUCUCUGCAAUUAUUACAAUAUCCAUUGCUGUUAUUAACAAAACAUAACCUUACAGAAAUAUUUGCAUGCACCUGCAUGUUUCUGUUGUAUCCUAAAGCUUCCUUUGGCAAUUCCAGGUGUUGCGUUUAGGGUGAGUGAUUAUGCGAUAAGAGAACUGGACAAUUGACCAACGGUUUUUACCCGCCUUUCAACAACCACAAUACAAACACACUAGGCUCAUUUUCACUUACAGUAGAUUUGUUAAAUCGUCUGAAUUGAAGCAAUUUGAAAAAGUUACCGGGCACCAGACCAGCGGAGGAUCAUCACGGAGCAAGCCGACCCCAAGCGCAGGUCUCCGGGCGAUGCCAGAGUAGAUGCAGGGGCAAUGUCCCGUCGCAAGCAGGGGAACCCUCAGCACCUACCACUGUCGCAAAGAGAAACGAUACGACCCGAGGCCAAUCAUGAGUUGGGGGUGGGAACUCGCUCCCCGGAGCCGUCCACUCCCAGCCCCACUCCGAGGAGGGCGGGGCCAGGGGAGCAUGACCUCUUGACCUGUGGGAGGUGCCAGACCAACUUCCCUCUGGGAGACAUCCUGGUCUUCAUAGAGCAUAAGAGACGGCUGUGCAGUGGGGGAGGCCGCGCCCCUGGGGGGUUCUCCAAACCGGGCGAGAGGGGGAACCCCGUCUUGCUGCGGGGAGGGGCGGUGCCGGUGGAGGUGGGGGUGCAGGUGACCCCACAUGGGGAGGAGGAAGAGGAGAGGAGGCUGACGCCCACUAAAGGAAUCUGUCCCAAGCAGGAAAGAGGGAACACAGGUAAAGAUGAGCCGUCCAGCUACAUCUGCACUUCCUGUAAACAGACCUUUACCAGCGCCUGGUUCCUGCUCCAGCAUGCCCAACACACCCACGGCAUCCGCAUCUACCUGGACACACACCCCUCCAACUACACCCUCACCCCUCGCAUGGGUGGGGGAGACUCCCUCCCUCGUUCUCCCUUACCAACCUUCCUGGGGGACACCUCUAACCCCUUUCACCUCCUCCGGAUGGCGGCGCCACUACUCAGGGAGCACCACCCACACCAUCCCCAACAUCCUCACCACCCCCGUCCCCCUCCGGGCUAUCUGGACACACGGCUCCCUGCCACCCCACCCUUCGUCAGACCCCCGCCCCCCAGACAUCUCCUGGAGCGCCUGGGUCCAGAGGAGAUGGGGUCCCUGCUCUUCCAGCACCCCAGUGCCUUCGAGAGGGUGAUGCGUCUGACCCCAAUGGAACCUCCUUCCAUGGACUUCUCCAGAAGGCUCAGAGAGCUGGCGGUUGGCAACAAUACUAACAACGGAGGCCCUACACCUCCUCUCUCGCCCACCCGGGUGCCCCCCAUGCACCGCCUGCUGAGUCCAACUCUCUUCCAGUCGGGCUCCAAGCCUCCACCGUUCCUCACCUACCCCCCACAGCCCUCCACGCCUCAGGGAAACGCCACCACUCCUCCCCGGGGACAGAACCAGGCCCAGGUGCAGGCCCAAGCCAAGUCCAAGUCCUGUGAGUUCUGUGGGAAGACCUUCAAGUUCCAGAGCAACCUGAUAGUCCACAGACGGAGUCACACAGGAGAGAGGCCCUACAAGUGUCAUCUGUGUGACCAUGCCUGUUCUCAAGCCUCCAAGCUGAAGAGACACAUGAAGACACACAUACACAAGUCAGGCUCCAUGGGUAGCUCCCCUGAACAGGGGAACAGAGGAGAGGGAGGAGAGGGGGAGGAGAAGAGCAGAGAGGGGGAGGGAAGAAUGGGGAUGGACAACGAGGAGGAGGAAGAGGAUGAGGAAGAGGAAGAAGAGGAGGAGGAAAUUGAGGAUGAGGAAGAGAUGAGGAAUGGCCUAAGUAGGCCUGAGUCUAACCUGAGCAUGGAUUCAGAGUUCCACAAGAACAGGAAGAACGGGUCGAGGCCUUCCCCAGAUGUGAAGCCUCAUGGUGGGGAUAGAGUGACGGAGAGCGGAGGGGUGGGUAUCAUGCACCCAUACAACCACCUGGACAAUCACCUGAGACUGGCCCCUUCCAAGAAGACCAUGAGUCUGGACAGGGAGAGGCAGCCUAAUAGAGAGUUGAGAGAGGGGGGAGAUGCAGGGAGGGGGGAGAUGGAGAUUGAGAGGGACAGAGAGCGAGCGUUGGACAGGGCGAUGGACAGAGCGAUGGACAGAGAGAGAGAGAUUGAACGAGAGGAGAGGCCCUUGAUGAACGGAAGGAUUAGUGGGUCAGAAGACUCUUUCACUGGACUGUUCCACCGCCGGCCCACCCCCAUCACCAGCCCCAACCCCUCCAACAAGAGAAUCAAGGUUGAGAAGGAGUUGGAGCUUCCCGCGGCUCCGACCCUCAUCUCCCCAGAGAACAUGUAUUCCCAGCUCCUGGCCGGCUACGCCGCCUCACGCCACUUCAUCAGAGAACCCUUCCUCCACGGCUUCAGUGACGCCCACCAGUCCCCCUUCGCCACCUCCUCAGAGCACUCCUCCUCCGAGACAGGUUCCCUCCGCUUCUCCACCUCUCCUGGGGAAUUCCUGGAGGGAGUGGGCGCAUCGGGCCGCAGCGGAAGCUCCACCCCUCACCUCCUGCGGGGUCCCGGGCCGGGUCGACCCCCUAGUAAGGAGAGCCGACGGAGCGACACCUGUGAGUACUGUGGGAAGAUAUUCAAGAACUGCAGCAACCUGACGGUGCACCGGCGCAGCCACACGGGAGAGAGGCCCUACAAGUGUGACCUGUGCAGCUACGCCUGCGCCCAGAGCUCCAAGCUAACUCGCCACAUGAAGACCCACGGGCAGUUUGGGAAAGAGGUGUACCGCUGUGAUAUCUGCCACAUGCCCUUCAGCGUCUACAGCACCCUGGAGAAACACAUGAAGAAGUGGCAUGGGGAACACUUGAUGGCCAGCGACGUCAAACUGGAGGAGGCUGAGAGAGGCUAAAGCUAAUGCUAGGCUAAAGCUAAAGCUAAUGCUAGGCUAACACCUCAGACUCAUUCUGAAUGAACACUUACAGGACUUCAACACGGGGCUUGGCUGGAUAAUCUUUCUCUUCUUGAAUAUUUUUUGGGACAAUUUAAUGUACGUAAUUCUGUUUUUCUUUGUUCUUUUUGUCACAGAAACUGCCACCUGAGAAAUAUAAACAAAGAGAAACAUGGGAUGGGGGAUUUUUCUAGAAACCUUUAGUUUCCUGCCAACUAUUGAUCUAUCUGAGGAUUUGAUCAUUUAGGAAUCCAUUGAGCCUUUCUACUGUGCAAUAAUGUCUGUAUUUAUUGGAGUUUUGUAAAGAUAUUGGGCAUGUGCAGGUACAUCUUUGUGGGGUUUUAUAGGGAAUUAGGUAGCUAGCUAGUAAGUAAAAAAAAUAUGAUGAAGAUUUUUUUUCUAAAAAACACAUAACUUGAAACAGGUCACACUUGAUUAGAAAUACGAAUUUAAUUUUGAUUUGUUAAUUAAAAAAACAAUCCUUUAAGGAAACUAUAAGUAAAUAAGUAAACUUCUUAAAUUAUGAUAGCAAUUAUUUAUUUUUUAUCUGUAAUAUUAAUAUCCUAUUAGGUCAACAGCAGACUACAAUCCAUCUCCUCAUCUUUGACAUAAAGCACUGAAUGUCAAUAUGACAAUAGAAUAUACAUUUUGGGAUUUCAAAAAUCCCAAACGUUGAUGUUUUAAAAAUCUGAAGAGAUUACAGGCAAUUUUAUACAAACUAUUAUUUUUUAAUAUCAGCAUGUGUUGUAGAAUUGUCUAAAGGAAAUUAUUAUUAUGAUUCAAUCCAGUCCCCACAUUCCCAAUAUUAGCCAGGGACAUAAAUAGCGGUUGCAGACAUUGACAUAAACACCUUAGAUGCAGGAUUAAAUCACCAUGGGAAUAUUUAAAAUAUAUCAGUUCAAACUUGCUGUAGUAAAUGUGGAUGUUUUGGGAAGAGUAAACCGUUUUAUUUCAUCAAACAUUAUGUAAAUAUUAGAUUUGCUUUGAUCCAUCAUUAUUAAACAGAAACUAAAUGUAUACUAGCCCCAUAUUUUACAUUCAGAAUGUCCACUCUAACUAAAACAAUCAAAGAUCAGUGGCUCGAGUUAUUUAAGUUCUGAAUAAUAUAUAUUGUUAUUGCAACCAUUCACUAGAUAAUUGCAAUACAGGUCCUCUCAAUAGUACUUCCUUCCUAUGAUCAUACUGUUUACAUUUGAACAACAUAGCGGCGAUGUCACUUACAACCUCUUGACACUUGAUAAAGCUUCAUCAAAACCAAUUUGUUAAGUUAAACUUUUAAACAUUCUACAUUGUACUGUACAUUCCACUUCUAGAAUCAUUUCAUUGUUCCUUCUGGGGAAUUCUUGAACAGUAGUGUUCUCGUCGUCCAGGGUGAGUUCUGAUCCCCUCAGGAUUCAGCAAAACGGUCUCAGAAUGGAAUUCAUAUCAAUGCCUGUGUUUCUCCACUGUGUGCUCUAAGCCUCAAUCUGCCUGCCUGCUUUCACAGUUCACUAACUCAGCAUUCAUGUAUUAGUAGAACAGCUUUGAAAAGGAAAAGGUGGGGGUUGUUCAUUUUGCUUCACAAAGCGAUAUGGGGGUUUAACGCCCAAUAACAGAUUUGUGAAGACACUGUACGUGGCGUUCGUGGCUUUUAGGGAUUUACAAUUUGUGAUUUUCAACUGCGAGGAAUGAGGAUGGCUCAUCCUUGGAUGAAUCUAAAAAAGCCUAUUUGAGUUACAUUGAGUUAUGGUAAUAAUGUUCAGCACAGCUGUUAGACUGAUGGCCACAUGACCUUGAGAUCUGAUUGGAUCAUUCUUGAGGUAGAAAAUGAAAGAUUGAAAUAGAGAAAAUGGAGAGAGGAUAGAGGGAGCGAGGGAGAGAGACAUAGAAGGAAAGAAAGAGAGAGAGAGACCCAAGCAAGGAUCAAAGUCAUUCAAAUGAAAUUGAAAGCAUAUGAAAAGUGUGUUUUAACCCAAAUGCAUAUCUACUGGUCAAAUCUAAUACCAAGGACAUCAGAGAGAGAGAAAGAGGACCAAUAUAAGGGAAGAUUGAGGCCACAUCUUCCCUUAAUACAACCAUCUUCAAUAGAGAUAAUCACCUCACCUCAAAGAUAUCACUUCACACAGCCUGUUUUAAAUGUGCUGUGUGUGUUUAGGCAAGUGGACAUGGGUGUGCUCUCGAAUGAGAAUCUUCCUAUUUAUCAUCAUCUUGUUGACAGAAAUCAGAUUCUUACACAAAAACACUCAUCUCAUAAUGGUCCUCUAUUUCAGAACAGCAUGUGGAAAUGGAAUAGAUUAGUUAUCAUAAUGUAUGAGACUGACUGAAAAGGUGUUUGAUACCAUAGAGACAUGCAUUUGGGGAAAUCACAUGUUGAUAUUCAGUAAGAGUACAUCUUUAGUGUAUUCCAAUACGUUUAUUUUUUUGAUCAGUUCUCACUUCAGAACAAGUUUGAUAAUAACUAUAAUAACUGUUAUUAUCGCAAUUGAGACAGCGAGAGAGGAGAAACCUACAAUUCCCACUUCUGAACAAGCUUCAUAUAUUCCAUCCAAAUUAUGGAUGCUAGAGAGUUAUUUUAUGGCAUUGAGAAACCAGGAAGACAGACCCGCAAAACAGAACUAGUCAUUUCAGACAAUAACAUUCAGUCCCAGAAUAAUGUUUACAGUGUUGAAGUAUGUUAAUGAUGAAAUCCUCUGUGUUUUGAAAUAACAAAGUAUUCUUUUCUUCAAUGUUUUGAAUACCAUAACGAGCAUUGUAUGGUUAUGAUGGUGGAGGGAUUUUAAGUAGAUUUACAUGAGUAGUUACGUAUAAUUUCUUGCUCACUGUAUGACGAUACACAGUGUCUUUGUAAUAUUGAUAAAUUAUGCUGCAUUUUUAAAACAAAUGGUUCCAACAUUCUGUUAUUCUAUUUUACCUUCCCAAUCCAAUUGUGAUUCGAUUCAAAUGUUUAAAGUCGUUUUUUUGGUAAAUCUAUCCUAAUAUGGAUUAAAAAACAUUUAAAUUAGAAAUCAUCCCGAAUAUCAGAGGAAUUUUGGGAUUGGGAUUCCGCAAUGGGUUAUGGGAGAAAUGCUUUUUUUUUUUUUAUCAAAUCAGUUUUAGGAGGCGUUCAUGGACAAUAUUGUUAUUUUUCUUCUCAUGGUUGGUUGAAGUUCUUGUGAUGGCACUUAAAAUUUAAAUUUUAACACAUUUUCAACUUUCAUGACUUUUACUCUUUGUACAAAAAAUCUUUUUCCUUUUCUUUUUUGAGGGAUUGUUGUGAAAAAUAAGUAGUUUCAAAGCAGCAGCAGUAACGUCGGCUGUUUUGAACAUAUAUGUAUUUUUGUAAUGUGUUGAAAAGAAAGUCAACAAAUCCAAUAAAUGUUGCAAUUGCC